AUGGUGUCCGACGACCUCCUCGAGAAAUGUCUCCAAAUCCUGCAGGAUCAGGCACUGGAUGAGGAAGAGCAGGUUGAGAAAGUGGAGGAUUUCUUGCGCGCGGAAACCAGUCUAUCAGGCACGCCCUUGGAGAACGCAGUGCUGGACAUCCUCUGGCGCCAUCGAAAUCGCAACAUACCAGAUGCAUCACCUCCUGCUCGACACACCGGACUAGCCCCGGGAGCGCCUCGUGGAUGCAAAGCCCCCCGUGGGGCAUUUGCACGACCACCGCUCUCAUCCACCGUAUCGCCAUUUACCUCCCCACGGCCGUCCCCUCGACUUGCUCUCGCACAGCCGAUUCCUCAUUCUCCAAAUCUAAAUGCAUACGAAUUCUCAGACCAGAGUCAGAUCUCUGACUACUAUGGAGACCUUGGAGGCGACAACAAUAUUGAUUGGCUGGUCGCAGAUGACGCCAAUAGUACAACCUCGUCCGCAGGCGGAGUCAGCACCCCAGGAGCCCUCAGCGCUACUGCGGUCGAGUUCGUUCCAGACAUGAGCCCCCAUGAUAUCUUGCGCACAGUCUUGGGCGACAAGCGAUCAAACGAUGAAAUAGAAGCAGCACUCGAAGCAAACAGCUAUGAUCUUGGUGCAACAAUUGCCUCUCUUUCGCAAGACAUAGAAGCCGAGGCAAUCUCAAAACAGCAAGAUGACGGCCGUGUCCUGGUUGGAAAAUCCAUGGCCAUGGAGCACGUUCGCCCCGUCACGCCAUUGGGUAGCAGUCGCAGCCCAGUAGUUUGCAAAUACUGGUUGUCUACUGGACAAUGUCUUCGAGCAGACUGCCGAUUCAGUCAUGACCUUACCACCCAUGUGUGCAAAUAUUGGGUCAUGGGCAACUGCCUAGCCGGUGAUGGCUGCCCAUUCUCGCACGAUCCUUCAGCACUCAUUGGAAACCUUAGUGUCACCGGUGGCAGUCGACCAGCUUCACCAGCAAACGGCUCUCCAUUCCAAGUAGACAGCGGCUCCGAGGCGUUCCCACCUCUGCAAGCCGCAGAAAACGGGGAUCAAUGGGGAAAUCAGUAUGUCGGUCGGUAUCCUUCUCACCUUUCCGCCUACCAGACCUCCAAGUACGCCCCUCCAGGUUUACUUCCUGGGAUGAGCAAAAGAAACGGAAGUGCCACCCACCUUGGACGUCCGAACUCUCGGCCAACGAGUCGCCACCAAAAUCGGGAACUAAAUCCCACGGCACUGUCAGUAGACGAUCAAGAUGCUUUUCCAACUCUCGCCGCGGUGCAAGCAAAAAAUGCCGGAAAGAAGCACCAUGGCAAACGAGGCGGGCACAAUACCCGUGAUACAAGCUUGAACAAAGAGAAUCUUCCUUCAUCUCUUGCUGAUGUGGUUCGAAUGACCCCGUCCCCUGUCCCGGGAAAAUCCAAGUCGGGCGUCAAAAACAAAGAUACCAAGAGUCGCGAAAACAGUGCAGCAGCUCAGUCCAUCCAGGCCCCGCAAAAUAUUCCUUGGCUUGAGACGGGAACACGUGCCAACCAGCAAUACAUCAAGUAUCGAACUGAGGCUAUUCGUCAUGGAACUGUGAGAAAUAAGUUCCUUCAAAGCGCCGCUCAAGCAUGGAACCGGAAUGACGCCCGAGCUGCGAAGGCACUAUCUUUGCGCGGCCAGGCAGAAAACGAUGCGAUGCGCAGAUGUCACCGCGAAGCUGCUCGUCAGCUCUAUGAAGAACGCAACCAGCAUCUUUCCCACAAAGGCUUGGAUGAAAAUGCAGAGGAACUCUACAUCGAUCUGCACGGGCUUCACCCCGAAGAAGCCAUUGAAUAUUUGGAGAAGAUCCUUCUCAAGCAUGCCAGAGAAGGCUUGCGGGUGGUCUAUGCCAUCACAGGCACCGGCCACCACUCGAAGAACGGCAAAGACAAAAUCGGCAAGGCCGUCAAGGCAUGGCUCAACGAAUGGCGCUAUCUCUUCCGAGAAUUCAGCGUACCUGGUGAACGAGGCGGCUAUGUCGGAGGCAUCCUCGGCAUCGACCCCACCAGUUAUGACAAGUCACUAGCCAAGGAGCUGGCUAGUGAUUCGACGGAGGCUAACGCUGGCGAACCUCCUACCCUAACAAUGGGCAAAGUUCAACUCCUCAAGCGCGAGGACAUAGAGACUUAA